AUGGGAGAUGCCAUACCGGAAUUUGAUUUUAGUGACUUGGUAUCGUCUGCUGGAUUUAAUAAUAACGAGGAUUCGAAGGAGUGUCAUGUGGUAGCACCAGAGCAGACUGCGAGCUCCUCAGGGAGCUUUAUUAAAGGUAGACCUUCAGUAAAUAUAAACGCCAAUGCCAAUGUUAGUGAUGGUUCAUCGCGACAACAGGGGCCGGUCCCUUCACGCAAGAAAGAUCCACACGUUGUGCAUUUGUUGAAACGUAUCAGUUUGCAAUCUACUAUUCUGUGCAUCAUAAUACCGUUGUUCUCGUUAUUCAAGUUGAUAUUAGCGCCACCGAAACCAAUCAACCCGUUAUUCAUUGGAUUCUUUUGCGUAUACACUUUCCUAUCGCAAGUAGCACUGUUUGCUGGUUAUCAUAGAUUCUUUAGCCAUCAAUCGUUCCAGGCACACGUUUUAUUACAAUUGGUAUAUUCGGUUUUCGGUGGAUCUGUUGGAUUAGGUUCAGUCCUACAGUUUGCAAGCCAGCACAUGGCACAUCAUCGUCAUCAAGAUACGGAAAGAGAUCCACAUUCCUUUUCAGUCUACGGUUGCUUGUUUUCUCUAUGGGGGCACAGAUUCUUUCUUGGUAAUAGGAAAUCCAGAAAGGCUAUUAAGGAAUGUAGAGAUACCAUUUUAUCCACAUCGAGGAUGAGUCGUGGUAAGCUUAGUACAACGGCAGCAUCUCCAGAUGAAUUGAUACAACCACCUAACUAUGAAUUACUAGUCAUGCAAGAUAAAUACUAUGUGAAGCUAUUGAUUUUAACGAUUGUUGUCAUUCCAUGUUUAGUGGCACGUUACUGUGGUGUGCCCUAUUGGACCGGUAUAUAUUAUCUGGGAUUUGUCAAAAUGUCAAUCAUACAACAACAGUGGUUAUUAUUGGGUACUUUAGCACAUAUUAGAAAUUUCCCGUUAGCAACGCAGCCGUUUUCGAGCAUCAGAUCCGCUAUCAACUUACCGCUUUCGUGCUUGUUCCAAUUUCUUCUUUUUGGAGAAGCGAAGCAUAACUUCCACCACGAAUUUCCUAGUGAUUUUACUAAUGGUUCACGGUGGUACCAUUGGGAUCCAGCUAAAUGGACCAUCUAUUUGUGUCAAAGCUUGGGACUCGUUAACCAUUUACACGUUACAGAUCCUCAACAAAGUCUGAAAUGCUUUAUUCAGCAGCAACAGAAAUUAUUGGAUGAGGAACAUUCCAAGUUAAAAUGGGGGGUCUCUAUCGAUAGGUUACCUUCUAUGACGUCCAACCAAUUUGUUAAAUUGGCCAUUGAACAAUUUGCCGAAAACAAAAGAGCAUUAGUUGUCAUUGAAGGUAUUGUUCACGAUGUGACUCCAUUCAUUCAUGAUCACCCAGGUGGUACUGCAUUGGUACAGCUCAGCGUCGGUAAAGAUGCUACCCAUGCAUUUAAUGGUGCCGUUUAUUUCCAUUCUAAAGCUGCCAGGAACCUUCUAGCUACAAUGAGAAUUGCUAAGUUGAGUUCUAGCGAGCGUGUCCAAAACACCGUUUGGGAGAGAAGAAUGUUGAAAGAUAGUCGUGAUCAGCAACGGAGAAAUAAUAGACAGAUUACUUAUACUCAAAAGAACCAUUAUGCUGCCGGUGCAGCUUAA